GGAUUCGAAGCCGACAAUUCCCUGGACUCCCGUUUCUCUCUAGAACUCUCUUCUUUCUCUCUCUCUCUUACCAAUUCACCUAACCUAACCUCGUCUCUCUUUCUCUCUCUCAUUCAAGUUUCUGUGAUUUCUCGAUUGUUUUGCUCGAGUUACGCAUCCGAUCAACGUUGGAUUGAGUUAAAGGCAAAAGUGAAAACAAUCAAAGAAAUCGCAUGAAUUUGUUUGGAGGCCUGAUCUUUUCAUCAUCUUUGAUCUCGAGCCACUUUACGACUUGUCUUCUCAUCUUUAUCCUUCAUUUUUCUCCUCAGCUUUCGUCUUAUACUAAUAAUAAUAAUAAUAAUAAUAAUCGUAAUUGUAAUCGUUUGAUCAAUUGAAAAAUCAUGGAAUCGAGAAAAAACUCUGAUCGUCAAAUGCGUAGAGGUGGUGGGAGGAUGAAGAAGACAAGGUCACCUUCUGUUAUAGUGAUCGGAGGUGGUUUUGCUGGAAUCUCUGCUGCUCGCACUCUUCAAGAUGCUUCCUUUCAGGUUAUGGUGCUGGAGUCUCGUGAUAGGAUUGGUGGGCGAGUUCACACUGAUUACUCCUUCGGUUUUCCUGUUGAUCUUGGUGCUUCAUGGCUGCACGGAGUGUGCAAAGAGAAUCCUCUGGCACCAGUGAUUGGGAGACUAGGAUUGCCUUUGUAUCGUACUAGUGGUGACAAUUCCGUCUUGUAUGAUCAUGAUCUCGAGAGCUAUGCUCUGUUUGAUAUGGAUGGCAAUCAAGUUCCUCAAGAGCUGGUAACCAAUGUUGGCAUAACUUUUGAGCAAAUUCUUGAAGAGAUCAAUAAAGUGAGGGAUGAGCAGGAUGCGGACAUGUCUAUAUCUCAGGCUUUCUCAAUCGUGUUUUCAAGGAAUCCUGAGUUGAGGUUAGAGGGGCUUGCACACAAUGUACUUCAGUGGUACUUAUGCCGCAUGGAAGGUUGGUUUGCAGCCGAUGCUGACACCAUCUCCGCAAAGUGUUGGGACCAGGAGGAGCUGCUUCCUGGUGGACACGGUCUUAUGGUCAGAGGCUAUCGUCCCGUCAUCAGUACUUUGUCCAAAGGGAUUGACAUUCGUCUAGGCCACAGGGUUACUAAGAUCGUUAGACGGUACAAUGGAGUGAAGGUAACGACAGAGAACGGUGAAACAUUCGUUGCGGAUGCUGCAGUGAUCGCUGUUCCUCUCGGUGUCUUGAAAUCAGGAACCAUAAGCUUCGAACCGAAGCUACCAGAGUGGAAGCAAGAAGCAAUCAACGACCUCGGAGUAGGAAUCGAGAACAAGAUCAUACUCCACUUCGAGAAAGUCUUCUGGCCUAAAGUAGAGUUUCUAGGAGUGGUCGCUGAAACCUCCUACGGCUGCAGCUAUUUCCUAAACCUCCACAAGGCCACAGGUCAUCCCGUUCUGGUCUACAUGCCGGCUGGUCAGCUCGCCAAGGACAUUGAGAAGAUGUCUGACGAGGCAGCUGCGAACUUCGCCGUCUUGCAGCUCCAGAGGAUUCUUCCUGACGCUCUGCCCCCGGUGCAGUAUCUAGUCUCGAGGUGGGGGUCAGAUGUGAACUCGUUGGGGUCUUAUAGCUAUGAUAUCGUGGGGAAGCCUCAUGAUCUCUACGAGAGGCUUAGGGUGCCUGUGGAUAACUUAUUCUUUGCCGGUGAAGCGACGAGCUCGAGCUUCCCUGGCUCGGUUCACGGUGCUUAUUCGACUGGUUUGAUGGCGGCUGAGGAUUGCAGGAUGCGUGUGUUGGAGAGGUAUGGUGAGUUGGAUCUGUUUCAGCCUGUGAUGGGUGAAGAAGGACCUGCCUCUGUUCCUCUUCUCAUAUCUCGUCUCUAAAUUCCAACCAUUUUAUUCCUAUUAAUUACUAUAAACAAAACCUGGAGUAAUGUGUUUUGUGUUGUUUGGAGAAAACAGUAACUCCUCUAGUGUUGGAUUGUCUCAAAACUCUUUUUCAAUAAUUUAAACAUUAUAUGUUUAUAUGAAACUCCUCUUUGAGGAUGAACGUA